AUGACCGAUGGAACAUUGGCGACAUAUUCUGAAGGCUUGAAUUCAAGGAGGAGCGUUGUUUAUAACUCAUCUCAACCGGCACUGGAUGUACCAUCGGCAACUGUGCAAAUCAGUGAUAAUGAGGAUGAUAACAAUAACGAUAGUUUUACGCUGCGCUCAUGUGAAUCUGUGGAGAAAGCUGUUACGGAAGAAGCAGAUGAAGCAGCAGAAGUUCAGCAGAAGAAUCUAGCAGAAGCGCAGCCUCAGCCAACUUCGCCAUUCCGUACACCACCACGUCUGUCAAAGCGUAAACUUGCCGAUGUAAAUACCUAA